AUGGGCAAUUCUUAUUGGAAAAUAUAUUUGUGGAAUCCAAGCAUUAGAAAAAUUACCAUAGCUGGUACUACGAAUAACAAUGCUUUGGCUAAUGUCACUCUUGGAUUUGCAUAUCAUCCUCAAAACAAUGAUUUCAAGAUUCUAAGACUCGUGUCUUAUCCAUGCAAAAAGAAAGCGCCAGCUGAGGUUCAGGUUUACACAUUGAGUACGGCUUCGUGGAGAAGGUUUGUAAUUCCAGGCUCAUUAAGUGGAUCAUCUAUUUGGGGUAUAUCUGAAUCACCCUCUCUAUUUUUUAAUGGAGCUUUGCACUUUCUAGCAUUAGCUGGCACCCAGAACGAUAUUUUUAACAGAUUCAUAUUGACCUUUGAUGUGGAUGAGGAGAGAUUUCAUGAGAUAAUGUUGCCUCCAAACUAUUUAAGUGAAAAAUAUGUGCGACAUACUAAAUGUCUUACCGUGUUCAAGGGAUUGCUGGCUUUGGUUGUUUUCAAUUGCGAAACUGAGCAAAGUGACAUAUGCCACAUAUGGGUGAUGAGGGAGUAUGGUGUGGUCGAGUCUUGGACUAAAAUAAGUGUACCAAUCGAAGGAGUUGCCAGGUUCUUUGGUUGCACGGUCAAAGGUGAACUUGUGAUGGGGAAGAGAAGUCCUUCACAGAUCUUCUCAUUUGACCCUGAGAGUUUAAAUGAGGAAAUUCUUGCCAUUCCUGCUGCUAAAGAUGUGAUUUAUACUGAUUAUUUUGCGGAGAGUUUAAAUUUACUUGAUCGGUUAAACGCUAAGGAUUAUUAA